AUGACAGAUGAGUGGCAGCAGACUGGCUUUGGCUCCUGGGCUUUCAGCUCCCGCCCAUGCCUGGUCACAGGGCUGGACAAAGUCAGCAUUCGGUCACUCUCCGGCAGAGGGGACAUGGAAGCAGCUUGUAUGCUUCUCGCGCGCAACGGUUUCGUCCGCAUGUCCAGGCCUUGGGACGAGGUGCCGGUAUAUCAAGCUCUGGGCAGGGCUCCGGUUACCACCCUCAUCAACCCAAGCGGAGCCGCGAGCCCCAUGCCAUACCCAGACACAACCUAUAUCUUCUUCGGAGAAGAUACCGCGGGCGAGGAGGCCCGUAAGAAGUGGCUCCGGUUCUUCGACAAGAUUAUGGAUAACCCACCGUGUGGCUUCGCCGGCUUUACGAAGCGUGAAUUCCGUCACAAUGACCUCCUUCUUCUUCAAGACACUGGCGUUGGGCUCGCCAACCGCUACGAGAAGGCUCUCUUCCUCCUGCACAGUCACGGGUUUCGGCCUUGCCAUUCCAAGUAUCCUUUCACACCACAAUUCCGAGCCCCAGGGUCCAAAUCGGUCCGCUCACAGGGGGGGGCCGGCCAGACGAAGAGCACAGAAACCGGCUUGAGCAACGGCAAAGCCGCGGCAACAUUCAAGCUGGAUGGCCCGGUGGUGGCCGGCCCCCGACUUGGCGGUCUGGAGAUGGGUGGCACCAAAUUGGGUAAUCAGCUGCCUGAGGUGGCGUCCACCUCCGCAGGUGGCUGCCUGCGUCCAGGUGGGUGGGCCUGCGCCGCCGGUACUCGCCCGGACUUCGCCAACGGCCAUGAUGAGGGCCUGCCUGCGCGGCUUGAGGAGCGCGAGAGACAGCCUUCUUGA